GUUUUUUCCUCUGCUGUGGACCUUAUAUAACUUAAACACAUCUAUCCGUUUCUCAUACAAGUGUUUUUUAAUUGAAAUUGGUCUUCUUGUCAAAGCUUUACUGUUGAUCCUCUUUUUGAUCUAAAAGCACUUAAUCAGGUGACUGAAUCUGGUGGAGAUUGGCACGAUGCUGCUGCAGUUGAUCGAACGCCUGCUAAUGUAGCUGUAUGACAGUUGAAAUGAUCGGCCACCGGCAUCUCCUAUGCUUGCGAUGGAUGGAUCGAAUGCUGUGGAACCUUUCUCAGGUAUCAUCGUAUCAUUGCCUCCUUACCUUCCGAUCAUAGGGAAACUAAAUCACUGCCAUAGGAUGCGUGUGCGGAUCUCGAGGCGUAAUCGACGGCAGGAGAUGGGGGGGUGAUUCGUGCAGGCCGAGCUUUAAAUGUCCUGCACGUGCUAUCCGCCGUUCACCUAUCCGGACUGAUCUUUUUCCAUCAUCUGCCUAAAACACCCCUCUCUUCGUUGAAACAGACACCGAAGAGACGCCAAGGCGGCGACGGCAGUCUCGUCAAACAACAGAUAUAACAGUGGCUUUUGACGUAAAUAAACAAAGCAAAGGACGCCGAUCCCCCGCCGUCUGGGUUUGGUUGGUUCGCUUUCUCUGCGGACUUAUUUCUUCCUAAUCUUUCUCCAUUCCCACUCCAUCUCUCCGAUUUCCUCACCGCUUCAUCGGUUUCUUCUCGCUCCUAAAGAGGGGAGAGACCGGAGCUUUUCUUCUACACAUUGCUCAACUAGAAGCGAGUGGGGAAGAUGAAAGAAGCGUCACGAGAACUGAUCAUGGGGAUGCUUAUGGGAGUCCUCAUCAGUUUGAUGUUGGCUUUGGUUGCUUUUAUCUGCAUCAAGUGUCGCUGUAGGUAUCUGCUAUUGUUGGAGGACAAUCCGCGGAGGGCAUCCACCAUUCCCAUCCGCACGAAUGGUGUCGAUGCUGUGAUACUCUCAGACUCCACUGUUGGUCAAGAAUCACCGGUUGUCCCUCACGCAAAUUGCACGUCUGUGUGGCUGGAUGGCACGUGCAAGAAGAAUCCUGCAUCUUUGCUUCCUGGAAUACCCAAGUACACAUACAGAGACUUGCAGAAGGCAACAUGUGAGUUCACAUCAGUGAUAGGUCAGGGAGCAUUUGGUCCAGUUUUCAAAGCUACAGUGUCUACUGGGGAGACAGUUGCUGUUAAAGUGCUUGAUACCAAUUCAAAACAAGGGGAGCAGGAAUUUCAAACAGAGGUCUUGCUACUUGGGAGAUUGCAUCAUCGUAAUCUGGUGAAUUUGCUAGGUUAUUGUGCUGACAAAGGCCAGCUUAUGCUAGUAUACAUGUACAUGACUAAUGGCAGUCUUGCUUCUCAUUUGUAUUGUGAAGAACAUGAUCCACUGAACUGGACUUUGAGGGUUGAUAUAGCACUAGAUGUUGCAAGAGGCUUGGAGUAUCUUCAUUAUGGUGCAGUUCCACCGGUUGUGCAUCGUGAUAUCAAGCCGUCGAAUGUACUUUUGGAUCAGUCCAUGAGAGCAAGAGUUGCAGAUUUUGGACUAUCUAGAGAAGCAAUAGUCAACCACCAGAAAUCUAAUGUCAAGGGAACAUUUGGAUAUCUUGAUCCUGAGUACAUAUCAUCAAAGAUCUUCACAAAAAAAAGUGAUGUCUACAGCUUCGGAGUUUUGCUUCUGGAAAUGAUUGCUGGCAGGAGUCCACAACAAGGUCUUAUGGACUACGUCGAGCUCGCAGCCAUGGAUGUGGAGGGAACCGCACGUUGGGAGGAAAUCGUGGACCCUCGGCUGAGUGGAGCAUACAACGCGGAAGAACUGCACAACAUAGGAGCAGUGGCACACAAGUGCAUCAACCCAGACUCCGGGCCACGGCCAUCCAUGAGCUUCGUGGUUCAAGCUUUAUCGCAAGUCGUGAAAGCUAGGGAUGGCACAAGGCAUCGGGAGAAGACACUGCUUCCAGUGGCAACAGCAGGGGAAGAAGCAAACUGAGGCUGGUAUCACAGAGACGAAACGCAGAGCGGGCUCAACCACAAUGGCAAUCAUCAUCUACACGGCAAGAAUUCACAUGCCACGAAGCAGAGACAUUUCUCACGAACGGCUACCUCGAAUGUACAGUCACACCAUCAGUCAACUCUAUUUGCACAUCAUUCACCUACUA